AUGGCGAUACGAAGUCGUCUCAAAAAGAAAUGGAAUGAUAUUCAAGUCGGUCGUCAAGGUUCUUAUUCAAUCGAACGACUCGAAAGCUUUAAUGCAUACUGCGACACUACUUCUCGUACUCGUGUCAUUCUGGUAUGCUUGCUCGCUCCGAUACCUUCCCUAGCAAUUGCGAUCUUGUUGGAGUGCCUUCCUCUUUGCCAUCCAUCCGAAGGAUGGAGAGCUAAUUGGAUGUUUUGGAUUCGUCAGGCGUUAGCAGCGUUAACGACGGCAUUUGUAGGCGUUCUCAGUUUCUCGACAUUUGUUCCGGUUUUGAACUUGUCACUUGUUAAGAUUUUGACCAUUCCUUCAUUACUUUCGGUGAUGUACAUAACCACCAUGCUGGUAGCCUCUAGCAAGAUCGGAUUCCCUUUACCAUUUACUGAACAACUUGGAAACAUGGUGGUUGCAGCCUAUAUAUUGAUAGUUCUAGUGCUCGUGUUGGGCAAGUCAUCAUUCACAAAGGAAUCUACUUGUCGUCGAUACGUUCUACGAUUUCAGCGAUACCAGUACACGUACUUUGCGUUUACUACAAUAUAUCCCUUUUGCAAAGCACUUCACGAUUCACUUGAUCCAACGUAUCGAAAAUUGAUCGUGUUGAUACUUCCGAUAUGGAAAAUUGGGGCGGAAUAUAUUGUAAUAAGUGCUACACGUGAAUUAGAAGACAUCAUUCCACAAACGUUAAGUUUUACUGUGGAUCUAUACAGCUCACUAUUCAUGUCUGUUUGUAUGUCAAGUGCUGGGUCUUUGCUUUUCUCUAUAUCUUUCAUUGUUGCUGACAUAGGACUAACGUUAUUGGAAUUCCGUGAACUACGAGUGAAUGCAUUUAUUGUUGUGCAAUUACUCAAUCAACAAGUUAUAUCACAAGAUUCGUUACAAUCUGCAUUCUCGACUGGAUCACCAGAUUUACUCGCAAUGAUUCUUGCAGUAACACGAGAUCCUUACGCUUAUAAUAUAAUUUCAAUGACGGGUGUGCGAUUGCAUGCAUGUCUUCCACAUCCACUCCCAGAAGACCGUUCAAAGCAACUUCAGAUUCUCGCAGCAUCAGGAAUAUAUUGUCAAAAUAUUACGAUCAAAACACGAUCUAGUUACCGAAUUUCCCACUUUUUUUCAAAAUCUUCUGUUCAACCGAUUGAACAUAACGUUGUGAAUGUUUCAACGAGACAACAGAUACAUGAACCUGCUCAGUGUCUUAAAGUCUCGAAAGCAAAGAAUGACAGAAGAUCGGAAGAUUUUGUUUUGCAAGGACUUCAGUUUUUAUUUCAUCGUGAAUAUUUAGCACUAGUGGAAUACAUUGAAUGUGUUGUUCCUAUUAUUUAUGUUAUUUACAAGUCAAUACUUGAAAUGCUUCCAAAUGUCGUUUACUAUCCUGGUGGUCCUGGCAAAUGGGGUACAUUUGCUAGAUCAAACGUUUUGGUAUUUGCUCUUUUGGAAAUUGGGUCGUUUCUCUUUUUACAUCAAUGGAUACAACGCAAAUUUAAAGUCUCUCCUAUCUACCAGGUCGCUUUCGUCCUUGAAAAGAUGGUGUGGCAGGUCCAAUCGAUGUUGCUUCUUUCGAGUUUUCUUCUAUCGUACGAGCUCGCUCAUCACGAAAAUUUGCCUUUAUGGUCUGAUCUAAAUAUUAUCGUAAUGUACAAAAUCUGGAUUGUAGUAACGAAUUUGAAAGCUUAUAUCAUUUUUUUGAUCGGGUCUGAUUUGUAUAGUCUAAAUAAUACUCGUAUUUGUAUAAAACAAUGA